AUAUUUGAACGUACUGUUUAAAACUCGAACGUAAAUAAUGCAUGCGGGUGUAUAGAAAAGUAAAUUGGCUGAUAUAUACAUAAACAAAAUGUAUCCGUCUAUUUAAAAGCAAUUAAAAUAUCUCCCGACCUGUUAUUCAAUGAAUUAUCUCUUAAUUCAGUGAUUAGUAUCGCACAAUGGAAGCUGAUUCAACUACUUUGGACACCAGUCCGAAGGAUACAAAUUUUGUGCCAGUUUUCCCUUUCCCCGUUAGCCCAGGGAAUAACCAGCUCUACAACACUUUUUCAACUCACAGUGGUGAAAGGAGUCUCGAAUGGCAGAUUAUUGAGAAGCUGCAAGCACAUGGACUUCUGCCCAAAACAGUGAAGUGCCCCACAGGGAAGGCCGAGUGCAGAGUGGUGUGCAAAAAUGCCAGAGUUAUUGAUAGAGUCCAAUGGGUGUGUGAGCCAUGUGGGACUCGGCAGCCGGUGCGCCUUGGGUCUUUCUUCAUGAAGCUCCAGUGCUCCCUGCUGCAGGCUCUGCAAAUCAUCCUGGCGUGGAGCGAGGAUGCUGACAUCAUGCAGGCGGCACAGCACUUUGGAGUGAAAGAUCGCGUAGCAUCCGCCAUCUACAACAAGAUGGAUGACCUGGCCAUCAAGGCGCAGCUGAAGGACCAGCUAGGAGGCGAGAACAGUGUGGUGCUCGCCGAGAUGUACCCGGACUGCGUCAACAGGUUGUCUCCCGACACUACAGACACACCACAUGUGCAUAGGAUACUUAUGCUGGCUGACACUAAUCACAUACCUACUCGCUACUGGCUGCACGUCAUAAAAGAAGACAAUAAGAAAACACCAGCAAAUAGCUCAUUAGACUCAGAGCACCUAAGACCAACAGUAGAAGAGGUGGUGAAGAAGGCGACGCUACCCAAUUCAAUAAUAGUGACCGGGAACAGCGUACCCGCGAUAGAGGGCGCCUCCUCCACACAACAGCUGCUGCAGCACUGCGAUGCCGAUAUGCAACGUUUUCUGACUUCACGCAUUUGGCGCGGCGCUGUGACGCUAUGCGCGGCGUCCCGGGAGCUGUGCGCCGGCGCGGGCGCGGGCGCGGCGCAGUGCUGGGGCGCGGCGCAGCGCUACCUGCACGCGGCGCUGUACCGCGUCGCAAGAGCCGAGCUGUUCGCGCACGCGCUGCAGCUUAUCGCCGAUGAUACACUACACAAGUUGGAAUGAUACAUUAAUUUUAGCAUAGAUAGACCAAGGGUAUAAAACGCGGCUCGCGACCCACAUGCAACUCCCUAGAGGUAGGCAUGGUAUAAUAAUAUACUCCGCCUGGUACUCUCUUCCCGUCUUUUCGUGGUCACGUGACUGACACAAGCCUACGUCAUCAUGCGACAGCGCUAUAUGAUAAUAUGCGAUAGCGCUAUAUAAAGUGGCAAUGUUAUUGUGACGUAGGCUUGUGUCACUCUGGGAAGAGAAGACCAUGUUUUAUUAGACUACGGAGGUAGGUAAGGUUGCGGGCCUUCAUGCGACUAGCAAAAUUACAUUUCUGACCUCUUAAAACACCGUUUGCGGCUCCUUGACAUUCUUAAACUGGUGAUUUCUACUGCGGUUGGCUCAUCUUCGCAAAAGUUUCCCCACCCCCGUCCUGCCCACCCCUGGCAAAGACUAAUGAAAUAUGAGAAGAACGUGUAGUGCAAGAAGUUGCCAUUGAAAUGUUUACAGUUGAAGUAGAUGGCGCUGUACAGCUCAUACUAGAACAUAUUUUACAGUACAUAUGGUCCUAUUUUCCCGCACUAGUGCGUAAAAUUGCACUUUUCGUGUCUAUGUCAAAAGUGUAAAGAGCCAUAUGUACUGAAAAACGUUGUACGAUACACAUGCGAAUAGAUAAUUCGCAACUCGUGUCGAUUUAAAACACCCCCUUCGAUCGUGUUUUAAUUUAUCGCCACUCGUUUCGAAUUUCCUCUUUACCGCACUUGUAUCGUAAUAACUAUUUGAUAACUAGUCCUAGUUACCUGCCACAAAACAUUUGGUGCCGCAAAGCGCCAUUUACUUGAGCUGGCU